ACGAUAACCAUCGUCACCAACAGUAAACUCACGGUGAUCAACGGCACCCGCUUUGAUGGCCGGCGGCACUUAAAUGUGAGCCAGGGAUCUCUCACCAUCUCUAACCUCACGCUCGGUGACUCUGGGCUGUUCCAGAUUCAGAUCUUCACAGAAACAGGAACCCAGCAGUACGACUUUAACCUGACCGUUGAAGAAAAUGGGGUUACUCCUGUGGAUGCCCUGGAAGAACAAAAUGUGACUCUGGAUUCUGGAGUAAAGAAACUGGAUGUGCACCAUCAUGUUAUGUGGACUUUUGGUCCAGAUUUUGGUGGAGUGCUGAUUGCUGAGUUUAAAGAUAAUUUAACCACAGUGACAAAAGGCUACGAGGACAUUCUGGUGCUGAAUCCAAAGGACGGAUCCCUCACUAUUCUCAAUGUGACGACAGAAAGAAGCGGCUUUUACUGUUCGGAGUUGAGGUUGGGCAAAUAUCCCCACAUACUGCUGCAAUAUGGCCUCACUAUCUACGUUUCCUGUCCACACGUCUCUGAAACCGGGCUGGUGGAGGAGGGCAGACGCUGUUCUGCCAGCUGUUGGGUGGAGAACUCGCUCGGUUCGAUCCUGAGCUGGUACCGAGACGGGAACCUGGUGAACUGGACCAGCAGCCAAAACCUCUCCAUCAACCUCAUUCUCCCUCUGGAGGUCCAGAGGCCAAACGCCUCCACCUUCCUCUGUGAGGCCAGAAACCCCGUCAGCAAUCAGACAGCUGCACUCAACUCCAGCCAGUGGUGUCCAGAACCAGAACCGGGACCAGGACCAGGACCAAAACCAGGACCAGGACCAGAUUGUUUUGAUAUGACGUCACCGCAGGCGGAACCUCACAGAAGCUCGCAGGGCAGCGCUGAAUCUCUGCUCCAGGCCCAGAACCAGAACCAGAACCAGAACCAGACCCAGAACCAGGACCAGAACCAGGACCAGAACCAGACCCAGAACCAGAACCAGCCUCAGAACUAG